AUGCUGACAGCGGAGACGGUGACUACUGCAAUGGCUCUUUGUACGAAUGAUGUCUGUAAUGGGAACAUGCAGGCUUGGCGCACUCAUCUUGGUGGAGUCAUGCGGUUGCUGGCUGGGUUUUUGGAUAGCCAGGGCACAUUGCGAAUUGCGGAUCCCUAUAUCCAGUGUGUGGUUAAGUGGUUCACUACGAUGGAUGUUAUUGCAGGACUAUCUGGAUUAAAAACGGGUGAUAUUCUGGGCCUUGAGAAUGGGCUGUUGCAGCGGAUUCUUGAUCAAGACAGUGUGCAUGUUGAUGACAUGUGCGGCUACUCACUGAAAUUGGCGCCGCUGCUUGCUAAACUGUCUCAUCUGGUGCGGAGGCAAAGUCAAAGUGAGCUUGGGUUGCGCGAUCGGAUGGAGGAGUCUCAGUCUCUCGAGAAUGAAAUAUAUUCUCUUGUCGAUUGUCGCAUUUCCAAUGUUGGCGGUCACAUCGAUUUGCAGAGCACACACCUAGCGUUUGUAUACUCUGCUUUGCUGCAUCUUCAUCGUCGAGUCCAGAUGCUUCCAAGCCAUCACGAUGUUGUCAAGUCGGAUAUCAAGAACAUUAUUCACGCCAUCGAACAAAUAUCCCCUUUCUCGUCGGCCAAUAUCCUAAUUCUUUGGCCAAUGUUUAGCGCUGGCUGUGAGACCAAUGACAUCAAAGAACGAGAAUUUAUCUACAGGCGAAUGGGGGAUAUGCAAAACCUUGGUAUGGGCAAUUUUACAAGGGCACGAGAAAUAUUGAGCAAUUACUGGGCGUCGAAUAGUUCAUUGUCCUGGGAUAGUUAUUAUGCAACACUGGGCUUGGAACUGGUCUUAUUUUAA